CUCACUCGUCUUGCAUCCACCAUGUCCCAUCCAACAUCCACAACCACAGCGCCAUGGAAACAGAAAUUCCAGGAGCAUCUCGAAAAGUCUGCUGGCAACAGAGGCUCAGGCGCCGAGUUCAUGCUCGCAACAGUCACUAAAGACGGCUUUCCCCGUGUUCGAACCUGCAUUUUUCGCGGUUUCUGGGCCUCGCUGCCGGAGAACGAACAUAACAAACUCCCCAAGAACCCUCCCAUCUACGAAUCCGACUGUCCCACUUUCACCACAGACGCCCGCAUGAGCAAGACGUAUGACAUCUUUGCGACGGGUAAGGGCAAAGGAGACCUAGCGCAGUCACGCUCAGGAUCAGGAGGCGGCGGUCCAAUCGAAGCCGUGUACUGGGUCAAGGACACAAACACACAAUGGCGAGUACGGGGUAAAUGCUGGAUCAUCGGACCCGACGACAUCGAAGGCGGCGAGGUUGCGCAGAACUCGGGGACAGUCACCGUCAAGGCCGAAGUUGGGCGGUAUAUGCGGACGAAAGAAGGCCAUACGGAACAAGCUAAGGAUUGGUCAUGGACGCGUGAGGCAGAGAACCACUUUGAGAAUUUAUCACCCAUGAUGCGAGGAUCAUUCAAGAAUCCAGAGCCUGGUAAAGCUCUGGAUCUGGGCAAAGACGAGCAAGCAGGAGAAGGGCUUGGACAAAAAGCUGGGCAUCUAUCAGACGAACCGCUGGCGAGGAAAAAUUUCCGAGUCUGUAUCAUCACGCCAGAGCAGGUGGAAGCUGUCGACUUGACUGACCCUGCAAACACAAAGAGACAGGUAUGGACGCUGGCUGAGGAGGCUGGUGGUCCCGGGGGAAGACAGCCCAGCGAUACGAUAGGUGAGUGGAACUUGGUCGAGACGUGGCCUUGAUGAGUACGCUCGAUGCAGAUUCUCCAACAAUGGGAGGUGAGCC